AUGACCAAGAAUCCCCCAAUCCCUCACCUUCUUCUUCACCCACAUCUGCAGGUGGAUUCCAGGGUCCUUGCUUUGUUUGUGCUUGACGUAAUUUUCAAAGUUUUGGUUCAACAUCGGUCAACAGACAUGAGUUCUUAUUAUCAAAUACUUAAUCUUCAUCCUUUAUCAACUUCAUCUGACAUUGAAAAAGCAUACAAAAAACAGGCACUUCUGCAUCACCCUGAUCGAAAUCGUGAUGGCGAUCAACAACUGGCUACGGAGAGAUUUCAAAGGAUCUCAGAAGCUUAUCAAACUCUUAAAGAUCCCAUCAGGAGAAUGAAAUACGAUGCUAAAUUCGCCACUCGAUCAAGGAGUGAGAAUACCUACUUUAGCACUAGUAAUCCACGUCAUUCUGCACCAGUACCCUCUUUCAAACCAACUAGAUCAACUUCAACUCCAGCUUAUGAUCCUUCUAGACCAUCAAGAUACUCAGCAGCUCCUCCUCCUACUUCAUCCAAGAAACCAACUCCACAAGCUUCCACACAUGAAUAUACACCUCAGCCUAGCCGAUCACAAACAAGACCUAGUAGUAGACCUAAGCCUACUUUUGCGGCAUCUUUCGAUUUACCUAGGACUAGUGCAAGUAAAGCUCAACAGGCACCACCUUUUGAAUUCUUCACCCAACCUCAAAAUUCAUCAUCUUUCGAGUUCCCUUCGACUCCCAUACCACGUUCAAAGCCAACCCCUGCACCCGAUUUUCCAUCUACCACUACAACAACCACAACAACACUUCCGUCUCAUAGAACUCCACUUUCCUCGGCUUAUACCAAAACGCCAAGUGCUUCCAAUAGACCAGCAAAACAAGCCAACACAUUCUAUGCCAACAAAUCACGUGCUUCAUCCAAACCUAUCCCAAAGGAAACCACGGGUUCUUCAUUCUUUGAUAUCUUUUCAAGUAAAGGAUCACAUUCUUCUAAACCUACCGAAAGCCGUUCUUCCACUUCGAAACCGACAUUUUCAAAAAGUCCGGAUGAUCCUGAUUUUCUUGCAUCAGCUUUCGCACAUCUCUUAUCUAAGUCUGUACCUGAUCCUCAUCCAAUUAAACCGAUCAUACCAGAAUGUUUUAGAGAAACUUAUCCUAAAUUCACUUCACCGAGUUAUCAUCAAGAUCAAUUUUCUAGAACAUCACACAAACGUGAAGAAUUUAGAACAAGACCUGAUUAUCCAGUUCAUCAAUCAUACCAAAAGAAACAAGAUGAUUUUUCACAAUAUAUUCCUAGUAAACCUAGACCAAGAUCUUAUUCCAACACACCCAACGAUUCAUUACAUCAGUGGAGAAAAGAAGUAGCAUCUAAUACAAUGAAAUAUCCUAAAGUUGAACCCUUAUCAAUGGAUGAUACCAGCUCAGAGGGAGAAGAGUUAUAUGGAGUAAACUGGCCACCCAUCAAAUCUAAAUCAAGAUCAAACCCUUCAAAAGAUCAAGAAAGUGAUCUAAGAGAAGAUCGAUAUGAAUCAUUAUUUAGAAAAGUCGAUCCAAAUCAUAAUCAACAUUUAUUUGAACCUAAACAUCAUCAGGCUCAUCAUCAAAGGAAUCCUAGUGAAAAUUUUCCUCGGAGAAGAAGAACUUAUUCUGCUUCUGAAAGUGUUUCGGUACAUUUCACUCAUAAACAAGAUCACAAUCCUAAUCAUCGUCAUCAUGAUGAUGUAGACAAAAAUAGGUAUGGGAAUCAAGAAUGGGUAAGAAAAGAAGUUCGAACGUUUAUGGUACAGAAUCAUUGGUGA